CAUCCAGGCCUGCCCGGAUGUGAAGUACGGGAAGCGGAUCCACGUGCUGCCCAUUGACGACACCAUCGUCGGCCUGACCGGGAACCUCUUUGACGUGUACCUGAAGCCCUACUUUCUGGAGGCCUAUCGGCCUGUGCACAAAGGUGACAUCUUCCUGGUGCGCGGCGGGAUGCGGGCCGUGGAGUUCAAGGUGGUGGAAGUGGAUCCGAGCCCCCACUGCAUCGUGGCCCCCGACACCGUCAUCCACUGCGAGGGUGAGCCCAUCAAGAGAGAGGACGAGGAGGAGAGCCUGAACGACGUGGGCUACGACGACAUCGGGGGCUGCCGGAAGCAGAUGGCUCAGAUCAAGGAGAUGGUGGAGCUGCCCCUGCGCCACCCAGGGCUCUUCAAAGCCAUCGGUGUCAAGCCGCCCCGAGGCAUCCUGCUGUACGGUCCCCCCGGCACCGGGAAAACGCUGGUGGCCCGAGCUGUGGCCAACGAAACAGGAGCCUUCUUCUUCCUCAUCAAUGGUCCGGAGAUCAUGAGCAAGCUGGCGGGCGAGUCAGAGAGCAACCUGCGCAAAGCCUUUGAGGAGGCUGAGAAGAACGCGCCAGCCAUCAUCUUCAUCGACGAGCUGGACGCCAUUGCCCCCAAGAGGGAGAAGACACACGGUGAGGUAGAGCGCAGGAUCGUGUCCCAGCUGCUGACGCUCAUGGACGGCCUGAAGCAGCGCUCCCAUGUCAUCGUCAUGGCCGCCACCAACCGGCCCAACAGUGUCGACCCUGCCCUGCGCAGGUUUGGGCGCUUUGACCGUGAGAUCGACAUCGGGAUCCCGGACUCGGUUGGGCGGCUGGAGAUCCUGCAGAUUCACACCAAGAACAUGAAGCUGGCCGAGGACGUGGAUCUGGAGCGGGUGGCCAGAGAGACGCACGGGCACGUGGGCGCGGACCUGGCGGCGCUGUGCUCCGAGGCGGCGCUCCAGGCCAUCCGCAAGAAGAUGAACAUCAUCGACCUGGAGGACGACACCAUCGACGCCGACAUCCUCGAUGCCAUGGCCGUCACCAUGGACGACUUCCAGUGGGCUCUCAGCCAGAGCAACCCGUCGGCGCUGCGGGAGACGGUGGUGGAGGUGCCCCAGGUCUGCUGGGAAGACAUCGGGGGGCUGCAGGAGGUGAAGCGAGAGCUGCAGGAGCUGGUGCAGUUCCCGGUGGAGUACCCGGACAAGUUCCUGAAGUUCGGCAUGACGCCGUCCCGGGGCGUGCUGUUCUACGGGCCGCCUGGCUGUGGCAAGACCCUGCUGGCCAAGGCCAUCGCCAACGAGUGCCAGGCCAACUUCGUCUCCAUCAAGGGCCCCGAGCUGCUCACCAUGUGGUUCGGGGAGUCCGAGGCCAACGUGCGCGACGUCUUUGACAAGGCUCGCCAGGCCGCCCCCUGCAUCCUGUUCUUUGACGAGCUGGACUCCAUUGCCAAGGCGCGGGGUGGCGGUGCGGGGGACGGCGGGGGGGCGGCCGACCGCGUCAUCAACCAGAUCCUCACCGAGAUGGACGGCAUGACCAACAAGAAAACCGUCUUCAUCAUCGGGGCCACCAACAGGCCAGACAUCAUCGACCCAGCCAUCCUGCGCCCCGGGCGGCUGGACCAGCUCAUCUACAUCCCGCUGCCUGACGACACCUCCCGCGCGGCAAUCCUGAGCGCCAACCUGCGCAAGUCGCCCGUGUCCCGGGAUGUGGACCUGAACUACCUGGCCAAGAUCACCCACGGGUUCUCGGGCGCUGACCUCACUGAGAUCUGCCAGCGCGCCUGCAAGCUCGCCAUCCGCGAGGCCAUCGAGAUGGAGAUCAAGAUGGAGCGGGAACGCCAGAGCCACCCGGAUGCCGUCAUGGAUGACGACUACGACCCGGUGCCCGAGAUCCGGCGGGAUCACUUCGAGGAGGCCAUGCGCUUCGCCCGCCGCUCCGUCAGCGACAACGACAUCCGCAAAUACGAGAUGUUCGCCCAGACACUGCAGCAGAGCCGCGGCUUUGGCAACUUCAGGUAG